UGGUGCUAAGUGAUCAAACAUGGGGGACAUGGUGAAGAAGGACUUGGAGGAUCAAACUGUAUUGCCGUUGGAAAAUGAAUGUACCAGAAACAUGGGAGAAUUUGUGGACGUUUCUCUGAAUGAAAGGGUUAAAUUUAAUGACACAGGCUUAUCCAUGGUCCUACAGAAUGGCUUGGAGAAUCUCCGUCUAGAAAACUCUCUCACAGACGUUACCCUGCGUGUUGGCAGCAUGCAUUUUUCGUGCCACCGUGUGGUACUUGCAGCAGCAAGCAAUUAUUUUAGGGCAAUGUUUUGCAAUGACUUAAAAGAAAAGUAUGAAGAAAAAAUAGUUAUUAAGGGAGUUGAUGCAGAAAUAAUGCAGAUUCUUUUGGAUUAUACAUAUACCAGUAAAGUGCUGAUUACCAAGGAAAAUGUGCAGAAAGUUCUUGAAGCUGCCAGCCUUUUUCAGUUUUUGCGCAUGGUAGAAGCUUGUUCCAGUUUCCUUAAAGAAGCUUUACACCCAGAAAACUGUGUUGGGAUUCUCAGGCUGGCCGAUGCUCAUUCCCUUGAUACAUUGAAGCAGCAAGUCGAGAAUUAUAUUGUGCAGAAUUUUACACAAGUGGUGAAUUACGAUGAGGUCUGUGAGUUGCCUGCAGACAUUUUGAAUAGCAUGCUAAAAAGUGAUGACCUCUGUGUCACUGAAGAAGCUCAAGUAUUUCAGAUAGUUAUGAAGUGGGUGCGUUACAAAAUAGCGGACAGGCUCCCACUCCUCCCAUUUAUCCUGGAGAGUGUGCGUUUACCUCUUCUGGAUCCUUGGUAUUUUGUAGACACUGUUGAAGCAGAUCCACUCAUCAGACAAUGUCCUGAUGUCUUUCCUCUGCUUCAGGAAGCCAGAAUGUAUCAUCUAUCAGGAAAUGAGAUGAUUUCAGGAAGAACAAAGCCCAGAAUGCAUGAAUUCCAGUCCGAGGUUUUUAUGAUCAUAGGUGGUUGCACAAAGGAUGAAAAAUUUGUAUCAGAAGUAACUUGCCUUGAUCCUUUGAGACGCAGUCGUUUGGAAGUGGCAAAACUGCCAAACACAGAACAAGAAUUAGAAAGUGAGAAUAAAAAGUGGGUGGAAUUUGCUUGUAUUACACUAGGAAAUGAAGUCUACAUAUCAGGAGGAAAAGAAACACAACAUGAAGUCUGGAAGUAUAAUUCAUCUAUCAACAAAUGGAUCCAAAUUGAAUAUUUGAAUGUUGGAAGAUGGAGGCACAAAAUGGCUGUUUUGGGUGGCAAAGUAUAUGUGCUUGGUGGUUUUGAUGGCGUACAAAGACUUAACAGUGUGGAGAUUUAUGAUUCCUUUCACAACUGUUGGUCUGAGGGAACUCCUCUCAUGAUCAGUGUGAGCUCAUUUGGAGUAGCCAGUUACAAAAAGAAACUCUACGUGAUUGGAGGAGGACCCAAUGGAAAGUUGGCUACUGACAAUACACAGUGUUAUGAUCCAACAACAAACAACUGGUGCUUAAAAACACCUAUGCCUGUUGAAGCAAAGUGUAUCAAUGCUACAACUUUUCGUGACCACAUCUAUGUUGUCGGUGGGGCAAUGAAAGCAGUCUAUUCUUACAGUCCACUCACAGAUAUAUGGUGCCUUGUGACUCAGUUAAACCAUGAAUGUGCUAGUUGUGGGAUUGCUCCUUGCAACGACAAACUGUUCAUUACUGGAGGACGGGAUGAGAAGAAUGAUGUCAUCGCCACAGUGCUGUGUUGGGAUGCUGAGACCCAGAAAUUGACAGAGGAGUGUAUUCUCCCACGUGGGGUCUCGCAUCAUGGGAGUGUCACCCUGAGGAAAUCAUAUACAUACAUCCGUAAGGUAGUGCCUGGCGCAAUCUCAGUCUAACUUUGAAGGAAGAUUCAAGAUAAAUGAAGAAUAAGUGCUCGUGAAAUACCUCAUUUUCCCAAAAGUUAUAAAGAGACUAUUGGGAUGGAACAAUCAUGCUGGUGUAGCAUAUUUUCUCAGUUUUCUUCUAUACAUGCUAAAUUGUCAAAUGGGAUAUGGGAAAGACAUACGCAUUGGGGUAUGAAUUCAUUUGUACUCCAC